AUUAACGGAAGUGGUGCAUUUUAAGGCGGAGGCAUAAAGUAUCGUGGGUGACUCACGAACUUCCUUUUUCACUGUGGCCGCCAUAGCGUGAGGAGCGUGGUUCCCGGCGAGCCGAAAAAAUACAUCGAAAAUGGCCUGUGCCCGACCUCUCAUCUCGGUGUACUCCGAGAAAGGAGAGUCCUUGAGCAAAAAUGUCGUCAUGCCUGCAGUGUUCAGGGCCCCCAUUCGCCCUGAUGUGGUGAAUUUUGUUCACACCAACAUGCGCAAGAACAGUCGCCAGCCUUAUGCUGUCAGCGAACUGGCAGGACAUCAGACCAGUGCAGAGUCAUGGGGAACAGGAAGAGCUGUUGCCCGUAUACCUCGUGUUCGAGGUGGUGGCACUCAUCGUUCUGGCCAGGGUGCUUUUGGAAAUAUGUGUCGUGGUGGUCGCAUGUUUGCCCCCACUAAAACCUGGCGCCGCUGGCACCGCAGGAUUAACACGCCCCAGAAGCGCUAUGCCAUCUGCUCUGCCCUGGCUGCAUCUGCCAUUCCUGCACUUGUGAUGUCUAAGGGACAUCGUAUUGAGGAGAUCCCUGAGGUCCCACUGGUGGUCGAGGACAAAGUUGAGGGCUACAAGAAGACAAAGGAGGCCGUGCUGCUCCUCAAGAAGCUUAAAGCCUGGAAUGACAUCAAGAAGGUCUACGCCUCUCAGCGCAUGCGUGCCGGUAAGGGUAAAAUGAGGAACCGCAGACGAAUCCAACGCAAAGGGCCAUGCAUCGUCUAUAACCAAGACGCUGGUUUAACCAAAGCCUUCAGAAAUAUUCCAGGCAUCACCCUGCAGAACGUGAACAAACUGAACCUCCUGCGACUUGCUCCUGGCGGUCACGUCGGACGGUUCUGCAUCUGGACUGAAAGUGCUUUCCGUAAGCUGGAUGAGCUGUACGGCACCUGGCGUAAACCCUCCUCCCUGAAGGUCGACUACAGACUUCCCAUGCACAAGAUGACAAACACAGAUUUGAGCAGGAUUUUGAAGAGUGAGGAGAUCCAGAAAGCUCUUCGUGCACCCAACAAGAAGAUCAACCGCAGAGUUCUUAAGAAGAAUCCUCUUAAGAAUCUGAAGAUCAUGCUCAAACUGAAUCCCUACGCUAAGACGGCAAGACGUCAUGCCAUCCUGCAGCAUGAUCCUGCUAUCAAGGCUAAAAUGCUGAAGCCCAAGAAGAGGCCUGCAAAGAAGGCAGAACCUGCAAAGAAGGCAGAACCUGCAAAGCCUAAAGCAUAAAUCUAAAGAGACUGGAGUUCAAUGAAUAAAUCAGUUGUUCAAACAUGA